UCCAUCUGCAAUAAUAAUUAGCAUGACUUCAAUAAUUGGUCCCACAAUUCUUGGUAUGAUUUUUUUGUUAGACUUAACAAAUGCCAAUUCUAAUUCUUCUUCAUGCAAAGAGGAUUUGUAUGUUGCCAAUAUGAGAAGAAAGGCUAUUAUUGUUCAAGAAGAACUUCAGUCACACCAUAGGCAUCACAAAUCUCAUAAUACAGGAGUGACUACAGAUUUCAAGUCAUGGAACUUUAGACGUGCACAUGACCGCCAUCAUCGCCGCCUUCGAGUUGUUCAUGGGGUUGUAAGCAUUUUUGGAUGGGGAAUCCUCUUGCCUAUAGGGGUAUUAAUUGCAAGAUAUUACAAAAGAUCCCCUUUGAAAUGUGACGAAUGGUACCCUCUUCAUGUUCGUUCUAAAGUAGCAGGGUUCAUUUUGGGCUCAGUUGGAUGGGGUAUUGGCAUUUCAAUCAGAAAUUCAGCCAAAGAACACACCAUGAUGAGCAGCCAUGGAAUUCUUGGCACUAUAAUCUUCACUUUCACUACUAUCCAAGUUUUGGCGAUAUGCUUGCAGCCGGAUGAAGAAAAUGUAUACAGGAAAUAUUGGGUGAUAUACCAUAAUUGUUUUGGUUAUGCAUUGAUAAUCCUAACCAUUGUAAAUAUAUUCCAAGGAAUUGAGAAGGAAGAAGCAAGCAAUAUAUGGAAAUGGUCUUAUGCUGUACUUGUGGGUGUUAUGGGAUUGACUGCUCUUUUUCUUGAGCUUAUUCCAUGUUUUACUUUAAUUAAAUACAAAUUAUCUUCGAAUGGUAUUGAGUAGCACCAAAUUAGUUUGUUAUUUAUGUAUCUUCUGCAAUAAUCCUCUUAAUAUAUAGUCAUGUCCUUCAGAAAAACUCAAUAUAAUGUGAUAU